AUGAUUUUCGUCUACAAACGAGACGGACGUAAAGAGGAGGUCCGCUUCGACAAGGUCACGGCCCGUGUCUCGAAGCUUUGCUAUGGCCUGGACAUGAACUAUGUGGACCCGAUCGAGAUCACCCGCAAGGUUAUCGACGGUAUCUACGAGGGUGUGACUACGGUUGAGCUCGACAACCUCGCCGCCGAGACGGCCGCGUACAAGACGACGACGCACCCUGACUACGCUGUGCUCGCUGCGCGCAUUGCGAUCAGCAACCUGCACAAGGAGACCAAGAAGUCGUUCAGCCAGGUCGUUCAGGACCUUUACGAGUAUGUCAACCCCCGCACCAGCAAGCACAGCCCCAUGAUCUCGGAUGAGACCUACAAGGCGGUGAUGGACAAUAAGACGACGCUCGAUUCGGCGAUCAUCUACGAGCGCGACUUCCACUAUAACUUCUUCGGUUUCAAGACGCUGGAGCGUUCGUACCUGCUGCGCAUCAACGGCAAGGUGGCGGAGCGCCCCCAGCACAUGCUCAUGCGUGUUGCUGUCGGUAUCCACGGCACCGACGUUGCGAGCGCGAUCGAGACCUACAACAUGAUGUCGGAGAAGGCCUUUACGCACGCCUCGCCGACUCUCUUCAACGCCGGUACACCGAACCCCCAGAUGUCGUCGUGCUUCCUGGUGUGCAUGAAGGACGACUCGAUUGAGGGCAUUUACGACACGCUCAAGUCGUGCGCGAUGAUUAGCAAGACGGCCGGUGGUAUCGGUCUCAACAUCCACUGCAUCCGUGGUACCGGUUCGUACAUUGCCGGCACGAACGGUGUUAGCAACGGUAUCAUUCCCAUGCUCCGUGUGUACAACAACACGGCCCGCUAUGUCGACCAGGGUGGCAACAAGCGCCCUGGUGCGUUUGCCAUUUACCUUGAGCCGUGGCACUCGGACGUCUUUGAGUUCAUUGACCUCCGCAAGAACCACGGUAAGGAGGAGGUUCGUGCGCGCGACCUUUUCUACGCCCUAUGGGUCCCUGAUCUGUUCAUGAAGCGUGUCGAGCAGGGUGGUGACUGGACGCUGAUGUGCCCUGCCGAGUGCCCUGGCCUCGCGGACUGCUACGGCGAGGAGUUCGAGGAGCUCUACGAGCGCUACGAGCGCGAGGGCCGCGGCCGUCGUACGGUCAAGGCGCAGAAGCUCUGGUACGCGGUCCUUGAGGCGCAGAUCGAGACGGGUACCCCCUUUAUUCUCUACAAGGAUGCUGCCAACCGCAAGAGCAACCAGAAGAACGUGGGUGUGAUCAAGUCGUCGAACCUGUGCACGGAGAUUAUCGAGUACAGCUCGCCGGAUGAGACCGCCGUGUGCAACCUGGCCUCGAUUGCCCUGCCUACCUUUAUUGAGGGCACUGGCUCGUCGAAGAAGUACAACUUUGCCCGCCUGCACGAGACGGCCAAGGUGGUGUGCAAGAACCUGAACCGCAUUAUUGACAUCAACUACUACCCCGUCGAGAGCGCGCGCCGUUCCAACAUGCGCCACCGCCCGAUUGGUAUCGGUGUUCAGGGCCUGGCGGACGCCUUUAUGAUUAUGGGCUAUCCCUUUGACAGCUCCGAGGCGCGCAUGCUCAACCUGCAGAUCUUCGAGACGAUCUACCACGCUGCCCUGGAGCGCUCGUGCGAGCUUGCCAAGGAGCAGGGUGUGUACGAGACCUACGAGGGCAGCCCUGCCUCGCAGGGCAUCCUGCAGUACGACCUGUGGAACAAGACCCCCACGGACCUCUGGGACUGGGCUGAGCUCAAGGCCAAGAUUGCCCAGCACGGUCUGCGCAACUCGCUGCUCCUCGCGCCGAUGCCGACUGCGUCGACGAGUCAGAUCCUCGGCUUCAACGAGUGCUUCGAGCCUUACACGAACAACAUUUACAUGCGCCGCGUGCUUGCCGGUGAGUUCCAGGUGGUGAACCCCUGGCUGCUCCGCGAGCUUGUCGAGCAGGGCCUCUGGAACGAGGCGAUGAAGCAGCGCAUCAUUGCCCACGGUGGUUCGAUCCAGAACGUCCCCGGUAUCCCCGACCGUAUCAAGGCGCUCUACAAGACGGUGUGGGAGAUUAGCCAAAAGGUGAUUAUCGACAUGGCUGCGGACCGUGGCGCGUUCAUCUGUCAGAGCCAGAGUCUCAACAUUCACCUCAGUGCGCCGACCUUUGGCCAGCUUACUUCGAUGCACUUCUACGGCUGGAAGAAGGGUCUCAAGACCGGCACGUACUACCUGCGCACUCGCCCUGCUGCCAACGCCAUUCAGUUCACGGUGAGCAAGGAGGACAUUGUCGCUGCCAAGGAGUCCAAGAAGAACGCCUCGGCUGCUGCCGCGCAGGCCAAGGCCGCACCGCAGCCCAAGGUGCACGCUGCUACGGACGCCAAGGCUGCUCCCCCGGCGCCGGCGCCGGCGCCGGAGCAGGAGGGCAAAGCAUACAACGAGGUCGUGAACGGCGUCGGCCGUCUGGGCGUCGACGGCACCAUCACCCAGGAUGGCCCCGGCUCGCAGCGCCCAGAGGAGGGCGCGCCGGAGGACUCGGAAGACGCCGGUUUCCAGGCGGCCCUCGAGCGCCAGCGGCGCCGUCAAGAGGAGGCCGACAGGCUUGCGUGCUCUUUGGAGAACAAGGAGGCGUGCCUGAUGUGCUCUGGAUAG